GCCUUGGGCAAGAUUUCAAUCAAAAUGAAAAUAAUACUAAUAAUACAAGCGUUCAUUUUAGUGGUUUUGCAGAUAGUAUAUCAUUCGACAGUUUUAGUAAAAGAAAGGAAGCAAGGAGUUAAGUUGUCAAGGAAAACUGCAACUGAACUGACUGUGUUACAUAUCCACAAACGCGAUGCCAAGGUAUAUCAGCCAUUUCAUGGCGUUGCAGCGUGUAGCUCAGCAUGCUCAUACCUCCGAGUCAUGCUGCCGGCAAUCAGUCAGCAAAGCAAUAAAAACGUAAGCACAACGAUGCCCAUCGUCUGAGAUGAAGCACCAAUAGCCUUUCUUGAAGAGCAGUAUAGAUCACGCAUGGUAUUCACGCGGAAAAUCCCUGCAACGAACAUCAUGUUUUUACCGUGGAUUCUCCAACAUUUAAGGAUAUCUGGUUCUAAGUGAGCGCAAAGGGUCUGCAAGGAAGCGUCGGAUGAGUUCUUAGCUCAAUGAAAAGGAAUGGAAUGUAACGCGCCUAAUACCCUGUAGCUAGUCAAACUGCCUGCUAAUGAUGUGCCUCCUUUGCAAUCUGAGCACCGUAUGGGUUUUUAGGAUCCUUAGCGUACGUCUCCGCACGAACACCCAUCUCCUGCAUCUUGGAGACGAGGUAAAAAGUGACUACGCUUGCUGCAAGGAAGGGCGCCAUGGGCCUCA